AUGUCUAGUCCACCUUCACCUAGAAUAGCAGCUUUAACUGUUCAGAUCGCAGCCAUGCGUGACAAUUUUGAAAGAUUGUUAAGAGAACAAGGUGAACAACUUCAACAAAGAAUUGAUGAGUUGGAAAGGAGGCCCCAAAAUUCUAAUGAUGGUAGUGGUGAUGAGGAGGAAAGAAGACGUAGAAGGAGACAAGAGGGAGAUAAUUUGAAGGGCAUAAAAAUUAAAGUUCCAACUUUUGUUGGGAAGAGUGACCCGGAGGCAUAUCUAGAAUGGGAGACUAAACUUGAACAAAUUUUUAAUUGUCACAAUUAUUCUAAUCUUGAAAAAGUGCAGGUUGCUUCUAUUGAGUUCAAGGAGUAUGCCUUAGUUUGGUGGGAUCAAUUGACCAAAGAUAGAAGGAGGUAUGCAGAACGACCAAUUGAUACUUGGGAAGAGAUGAAAAGAAUCAUGAGGAGAAGGUUUGUUCCUUCCUAUUAUCAUAGGGAAUUGCACAACAAAUUGAAAAGACUCACUCAAGGUUCUAAAAGUGUUGAAGAAUAUUUCAAGGAGAUGGAAGUUCUCAAAAUUAGAGCUAAUGUAGAGGAGGAUGAUGAAGCAACUAUGGCUAGGUUUCUCCAUGGUCUAAAUCAUGACAUUAGUGACAUAGUGGAACUUCAUCACUAUGUUGAAAUGGAUGAAUUGGUACACCAAGCUAUCAAAGUGGAACAACAACUCAAAAGAAAGAGCCAAGCAAGGAGAAAUUCCACCACUUUCAAUUCUCAAAGUUGGAAGGACAAAACAAAGAAGGAGGGUGCUUCAUCAUCUAAGGAAGCCACGGUUGAAAACAAAGGUAAAACUAUUACAUCUUCUUCCUCAAGUGUUUCAACUAACAAAAGUGUUAAGUGUUUCAAGUGUCAAGGCCAAGGACAUAUUGCAUCUCAAUGUUCAACAAAGAGAACUAUGCUUAUGGAAGAAAAUGAAGAAAUUGUUGAAAAGGAGGAUGGUGAUUAUGAUGAGGAGUUUGAAGAAGAAAUACCUAGUGGAGAUUUACUCAUGGUGAGAAGAAUUUUAGGAAGCCAAAUAAAGGAGGAGGAUACAAGUCAAAGAGAAAACCUUUUUCAUACAAGAUGCUUUGUGCAAGGAAAGGUUUGUUCUUUAAUAAUUGAUGGAGGAAGUUGUACAAAUGUUGCAAGCACGCGUCUGGUUUCUAAACUAAAAUUGGAGACAAAACCUCACCCUAAGCCUUACAAACUCCAAUGGCUUAAUGAAAGUGUAGAAAUGCUUGUUAAUAAACAAGUUGAGAUUUAUUUUAAAAUUGGAAAAUAUGAGGAUGUAGUGUUGUGUGAUGUAGUACCAAUGGAAGCUAGUCAUUUGUUAUUAGGUAGGCCUUGGUAA